AUGUUAACCCAGAAGAAUUCCGUGCGGAUUAUAGAACCUCAACACUUUCGUCGUUAUUGCUGGGGUUUCUGUAACAAUUAUGUAUUUGCCGUGGUGGAAAUGACAGCUACGGGACUAAUCUAUCUAUCUAUCUAUCCCAGCUUGUGUGCAUUGUCAAAGCUAAAAUCUGUUCAUAUCUAUCUAUCUAUGCCAGUCCUUUCGCAUCUAUCUAUCUAUCUAUCUAUCUAUCUAUCUAUCUAUCUAUUGCAACUUCCUUACCUGAUAGUCAAACUUCUUUGUCUCCUUGGCUCUCUCUUUUCAUCUAUGAUUUACUUCUUUAUACAAUACACCAUUGUAUACUCAAAUAUUUACCAAGUCGUUUACCAUUUCCUCCUCCUCCUUCUCCCUCAUUUCUUGAACUUUAACUUCUUCUUCUUCUUCUUCUUCUUCUUCUUCUUCUUCUUCUUCUUCUUCUGUCCUGGUUUCACCUUCUUGUUGAAUAUUUUCCUAUCUAUUUUCUUCUUCACCUCCUUCGCUUCUCAUUCUCAUCCUAUUCUUCAUCAUAAUCAUCAUCAUCUUUUCUUCUUCUUCUUCUUCUUCUUCUUCUCCUCCUCCUCUCCCUCUUUCUUCUUUUUCUUCAUCAUCUUUUUCUUAUUCAUCAUCUUCUCCUCCUCCUCCUCCUCCUCCUUCUUCUUCUUCUUCUUCUUCUUCUUCUUCUUCUUCUUCUCUCCCUCCUCCUCCUCCUCCUUUUUCUUAUUCUCUCCCUCCUUCUCCUCCUUUUUCUUCUUCUCUCCCUCCUCCUCCUCCUUUUUCUUCUUCUUCUUCUUCUUCUUCUUCUUCAUAAAGUCCUCCUCCUACUCCUCCUCUUCUAUCUUCUUUUUCUUCAUCAUUUUUUCUUAUUCAUCAUCUUCUCAUCAUCCUCCUCCUUCUUCUUCUUCUCUCCCUCCUCCUCCUUUUUCUUUUUCUUCUUCUUCUUCUUCUUUUUUUCUUUAA